UUCUCCUACUUUGGAAAAGUAGAGUUUCCGACCUAUGCCUCGCUAAGCGCUUCAGUUUCCUCAAAAUAAAGCACUUUUAGUUUUUCAUUCUGCGCUGCUUUGUUUUUAUCAUGGUUAACAGCCAUGUUGUCCAUCUGCUCUUUCUCCUCUGCAUCGGAUUUACUGCCCAGUCUGAGCUGGAGACAGAUGAAGUAAUUCCCAGGCUGCUGUAUGGCCAGGAAGCGCACCUAUCCGACCACACUACCCGCACCCUGCAGCGCCGCGGUCAGCGCUCCCUGGACGCCGCGAGAGAAGGACGCUCGGAACCAGAAAACAUCAUCGUCUUACUGCCCGCUUUCGGAAGCAACCUGCAUUUAAAUCUAACGCGGGAUAGCACGUUUCUGUCGAAGGACUUUGUAGUAGAGGAGAGGUACAAGGGGAAAAGCGCUGUGGUAAACACCUUAUCCAAGAACCAGCUAUGCUUUUAUUCUGGAGCCAUCAUUAACCAUACAGACUCUCUGGCAUCAGUUAGCACCUGCGGUGGUCUGAUGGGGUUUAUCCAGAUGGGGGAGGAGAGCCUGUUUAUCCAGCCUGCUGUUGUACAUGACCCAUCCCAGUCAUUCUCCGGUCUUAAACACCAGCUUCUGCGGCAAUCACGUUCAGCCAAGACCAAAUCUGGUCUAGAUUUUAAGCGGUCCAACUACUGUGGGGCUGUACAAGGAAGGAGGAAGGAAAGUAGUUCAAAAGUGAAUGAGGAGGGUCGUGGGAAGAGAGAUGCCAUUCGCCUGCACGAAGUCUACACUCUGGAGACAGUGGUGGUAGCAGAUUCGGACAUGGUCCAGUACCAUGGUGGUGAGGCAGCACAGAGGUUCCUAUUGACUGUUAUGAAUAUGGUCUACAAUAUGUUUCAUCACCCGAGUCUCGGAGUUAGACUAGACAUUCGAGUCACCAAGCUGAUGCUGCUUUACAACCGCCCAGAAAAGCUAAAGGUGGGCCAUCAUGGAGAAAGAUCUCUGGAGAGCUUCUGUCACUGGCAGCAUCAGGAAUUUGGUGGGCCUUGGUACCUUGGUACCAACCAUGUUCCCGGUGGAAGAGAUGAUAUCCCUCCAGUGGAUAGUGCUGUACUGGUCACCAGAACAGAUUUCUGUGUUCACAAAGAUGAGCCAUGUGAUACUGUGGGUAUUGCUUAUCUGGGUGGUGUCUGCAGUGCGAAGAAGAAGUGUGUGUUAGCUGAGGACAAUGGUCUCAAUUUGGCUUUCACCAUUGCUCAUGAGUUGGGACACAACAUAGGAAUGAGCCAUGAUGAUGACCAUGCCACCUGCAUUGGCUAUUCCCAUAUAAUGUCUGGUGAGUGGGUGAAAGGAAGAAAUCCCAGUGAUCUUUCCUGGUCAUCCUGCAGUCGCAAUGACCUGGAGAAUUUCCUCAGAUCAAAAGCCAGCACCUGCCUACUUCACACAGACCACAGGAGGCGUUACCAGGUCCAGCUGCCCCCCAAGCUGCCCGGCAUGCACUACAGUGUGGUUGAACAGUGCCAAAUCCUUUUUGGAACCAAUGCAACCUUCUGCAGUGAAAUGGAGCACCUUAUGUGUGCUGGGCUGUGGUGUUUAAUAGAGGGAGAGACAUCCUGCAAGACUAAACUGGAUCCUCCCCUGGACGGAACGGAGUGUGGGGCAGACAAGUGGUGCAGGGCAGGCGAAUGUGUCAGUAAGACUCCCAUCCCUCAGCAUGUGGAUGGUGACUGGAGUCCAUGGAGCCAGUGGAGCUUGUGCAGCAGGACCUGUGGUACUGGAGUCCAGUUCAGACAGAGGAAAUGUGACAACCCUCCACCUGGUCCAGGUGGGCGACAUUGCCCACAGGCCAGUGUGGAACACAAGGCCUGUGAAGCCCCUCCCUGUCCCAAGGGGUCACCCAGCUUCAGAGAUCUGCAGUGUCUAUCCUACAACCAACAAGCCAACAAGAAGGGCAGCAUGUUGACUGCUAUUGUUAAUGACGAUAAGCCAUGCAUGUUGUUCUGCAGCCCAGUGGGCCGAGACGUCCCAGUCCUGAUGGCUGACAGAGUAAUGGAUGGGACUCCCUGUGGACCAUAUGAGGUGGACCUGUGUGUUAAUGGAAGAUGUCAGAAAAUUGGCUGUGACAGCAUCAUUGGCUCAUCUGCUAAAGAGGACCGCUGUGGUGUUUGUAAUGGAGAUGGACGGUCCUGUAAAAUAGUGACAGGGGACUUCAACCACACUAGGGGAAUGGGCUAUAUCGAAGCUGUGGUGAUCCCUGCAGGAGCUAGAAGGAUCAGAGUAGUGGAGGACAAACCUUCACAUAGUUUUUUGGCUCUCAAAGACUCAAGUAAGAGGUCCAUCAACAAUGACUGGAAAAUUGAACUUCCAGGAGAAUUUGAGCUGGCUGGAACCACAGUGCACUAUGUUAGAAGAGGAAUAUGGGAGAAGAUGUCUGCCAAGGGACCCACUAAGACUCCUUUAUAUCUAAUGGUACUGCUAUUUCAUGACCAGAGCUAUGGAAUCCACUAUGAGUACACAGUGUCUUUAAACACAAGUCAGAACGGGAGCAGUGAGGAACAAAGGGAACCAGAGUACCUCUACAUCUGGACACAUAGUAGCUGGCAAGACUGUAAUGUCCAUUGUGGAGGAGGAGAGAGGAGGACAGUGGUUUCAUGUAUGAGGAUAGUCAACAAAACUAUGGAGGUUGUCAACAAUAGUUACUGUCAACCUGAAAACCGACCGCAACCGCAAGUACGUCUCUGCAACACUCACCCCUGCCAGUACCGGUGGAUGACAGGUGAGUGGGGCCCUUGUUCUGUCACUUGCGGUAAAGGUCAUCAGCAGAGGGAGGUGUUGUGUCUUUACCACCUACAGAACGGUUCAGUCAUCCACACCAGGGACCUGUACUGCCAAGGAGGAAAACCUCCUGUUUUACAGGGCUGCGAGGGCCGCCUUUGCCUCACAGCGUGGGAGGCUUCAGAAUGGUCCAAGUGUUCAUCAAAUUGUGGUCAAGGUGUCCGCAGACGUACAGUGUUGUGUACAAACCCUCAGGGUCUGUGUGAUCCAUUGUCCCAGCCAACCCAAGAAGAAUAUUGUGAGGACUUCUCCAAAUGUUACGAAUGGAAAACCGGAGACUGGUCCAAGUGCUCAUCAUCCUGUGGAAAGGGACUGCAGUCACGGGUGGUUCAGUGUAUGCACAAAGUGACUGGUCGACAUGGUAACAACUGCUCUGUGAUGCUGAGACCACCAACAUAUCGAUCCUGUCACAGUGGGAACUGUGAUGAGAAAAUUAAUGCGAAUACCAUCACCUCCCCUAGGCUAGCUGCUCUGACCUACAAGUGCUUGGGGGACAGGUGGACAGUGUACUGUCAUGUGAUCCGGGAUAAAGACCUUUGUCAGGACAUGAGGUGGUACCAACGAUGCUGUGAAACCUGUCGGAUCUUUUAUGCUAACAAAAUACUGCACAAGCGCUAAUAACCAAAAGCACAUACUCCCUUUGUAAAUGUUAUAUAAUACUGAUAAAUAAUCUACAGAAAAUCUUUGGGGUUUUUUUUUAUUUAAAACAAAAAAAGGUAAGUAUACAUAAAUGUAUACUGGAAACAAGAACAUUUAGCUUGUAAUUUUAAUGCACAUUAGAAAAUAUCUAAUAAUUUACUUGCUGUAGACAAAACAAAGAACAAACUUUAUUGUACGCAGCAACUGACAAAUAUGUGUUGUAUAAUAACCUGGCGGGUCCACUAAAUAACAUGGCAUUCAGAGUAAACAUGAGCUUUCCCCUCUCCUUCUUUUGUAUUGUUUCUGUUAUAUAGCAGAUUUUUUGGGAAAUUUUAAAUCAUUGGUCACUUUUUUAAUGUUUAAGUAACAUUAUGUAAGUACUAAUAAAUUACUGUAAUAUGUGCCUAUGAUCAGGAGUCAUUGUAAAAUACUGUAGAACUCUACUGAAUCACUCCAGCUUAUAAUAGAAGACACACUGAUCUUACUCGGGUGUGGAAAGCUAAUGUAGCAGAUAAUGAUGAAAACAAAUUCUGAGGCUCUGAUAGUGUUUGGUUUGCGCUCAGUCAUUCUCCACCACCCUAAGGGGGGUAUUCCAUUUUGACCUUGGGACUCUAGGCCAUAUUUGGCACAGAUAUCCCUGUAUACUAUGCCAGCUAUGAGGCUAUGGCAUUCCUUGCAUGCCCUGUCUGCUAGCAUCUUGGGACCUCUUUGCACAGCCUGCACCUGAGGUCUUGCCUGGUGUGGUAGAUCCCAGCCUCUAUCAAUCUUGCUUGUUCCUGUGCAGACAUGAUUAGUGCCUCUGUGCCUUCCAAAAUGGUUCCUCUACUUGCUCCUCUUCUUUCUCAAGUUACUGCUGCCUGAGAUAUUCAGAGCUGGUUGGUUUCGGUGAUGGUCACACCUUGAGAGCGUACUUCACGUUUUCUUGGUAAUCGACCAAAAGGGUCCAGUUUUCCAGCUGCCAUACUGAACACCUUGAACGCAUCAGUUAUUUUGGGGGCUUGGUAUCCAUCUCAGAGGGUGGGGAUCACAAUAUCUCGUCCUGACCUAAAGUCCUGGCUUCCCCUUGCCAUAGCGUUCAUGUACCUCAUUGAUCUCUAGUUGUGAUAGCAGUUGCUCUCAAUUUUGAUCCUGGUAGUUUUUGUUUUUUAUAAAGGAGUUGUGCAAAGGAAUUAGGUCAGCUAAUCUUUUUCAGUUUGAUAGUAAGAUUUUACAAUUCAAUCAUUUAAACUGCCUGUAGUGAUCAGGAGCAAGAAUAUAACUAUUUCACUAGCAGUAUCUGAUUAGAUGCACCAAGACCUGAUGCUAGUUAACCUGUAUAGUUGCGUAUACAGCCAAACACAAGUCAGAACCAGUAUUUGUUGUAGACACAGCUGACAAUUCUGUUCAUCCUGUUCAAACCUCACUGGUGCUGCUUCUUCCUCUUUUAAAAUUGCCAAUCAAAAGUUAUAAGCACUUAUUUUCCUCAGUAUAAGGUGCUCAAAAGAACAUCAGUUACUAGUGUGAUUAUUAUCCAGAUAAAAUAGCCAGAUAUAAUAUUUUUUUCUCAAAUGGCCAAAAAAUUUAAUACUUGAUCAAUUUUAUGGGGUCUUUAAUGCUUUUAGCUGUAAGACUAGAAGGUGCUGUAUGAAUGCCAGUUCAUUUCCCUUAUAUAGUCAGGGAGAACACAUGAGUGUUGGUGUGUAUAUCAUCAUAUGAUAAAAGUUCAUAAAAGUGUUUUACAAUUGGUUGAAUGGUGCUAUCUUAUAACUUGUUUCACAUUUGUGGAAUUCAGAUUAUGUCCGUGUAUGAUCCUUACAAUUAAUGGCUGUCUGCUUUUAUUUGUUGGUGGAUUAAUACCAUUGUUUUGACAAUACUUUUUUUUUCUUAUUGUAUAAAUAUGCUUUAUUAUUCUUGUACUGUUCUUUGUUAGUUGCACAUACACCAUGUUUGAUUAAUAAAAUUUCAAUACAGUGUUUUCCACCGUGCUGAUUGGGAGCUGGGUAUUUGUGUAUGCAUGCAUUUGUUUGUAUAUUCAUGCAUAAAGACGUGUCAUAGAUGGUUAAUUUAAUAAAAUGAAAAUUAUACUUUCUAUGAAGAAUACUGUAUGUAAGUAUUAAAAAUAUUUUAUGCUGUGA